UACUUAGUUAAAGAAGACUUCUUCUGGCGUAGAGGAUUUUCUACUGUACUGCUAUGUACAGGACUGCCACUAAAGAAGAAUAGUCACAGACUGUGGUGGGGUGAGAGGGAGCAGUGUCCAAAAAACCCCUGUGGACUAAUUAACAGUCAGAUCCACCCCUGGCCCUAAUAUAUUUUCUGUUGCUCCCAUGAAAAACCCAACCAUCCUCUUCAGAAGGACAUCAGUGACUCCUCUCCUCCCCUGUACUCCCCCAUCCUCCUCCCCCUCUGCCUAGUUCUCAUGUUCCUCCUCCGGGGAGGGUGGAGAGCAGGGGGCACACACGCAGCCAGCUGCCGAGGCUUGGGGCCACGGUGACGGGCAUGGGGCUCAAGAGGAGGCUGGGGCUGUGCUUCCUGGGUGUCAUCUCCCUGCUGGUCAUCUACAUCCUGUGUUUGAGCCUGGAGAUCACUGUCCCCUGGCGCAUGGUCGACCUGAACCUGUCACACUUCCCUGGUCUUGGGUACACACAGGAACUAAACAGGUCACAUGACUCUGUAGACUCGAUUGACGGCAACACUCCAUCACCCAAAGCAACAGAGCCACCCUUCAUUGGAGACAGUUACUACAGUGAAGAUGCCCCACCUCAAACAGACUGUCCAAACAGUAUUCGUAGCAGGGUGCCCCAGACAGACUUUGGGGUUAGGUAUCUGGGCAGGAUCCCUGUCCUCCAGUGGGCCAAGCAUGCCACUACAGAACAGUACCAGCGCCUCAAACUGUACCCAGGGGCUCAUGGCUGGGGAAACCUUGACAUUGACACUCUGGUGUCGACCCUAUCUGUUCUCAACACAUCAGCCAACUGGCACAUGUUUGAUGACUGGGAGAGUCGAAGCAACGGCUCGCAGUGUGUCUGUUGUGCUGUCGUGGGCAACGGAGGGAUUCUGAAGGACUCAAAGAAAGGCCGGGAGAUUGACCAACAUGACUAUGUCUUCAGGACCAAUGGAGCUGUGAUUAAGGGCUUUGAGCAGGAUGUGGGCUCUAGAACGUCCGUCUACACGUUCUCCACCAACACCCUCCGUAACUCCAUGAAGAGAUACGCCGGAGCGGGCUACAGAGGACCACCGCUGUCUGAGGAGACUAGGUAUGUCUUCCUGCCAGACCAUGACAGGGAUUAUCUGCUGAUGAAAGCAGCCGCCACACACACUCCAGUAGAGAGAGGACCAGAGAAGAGCAAAACGCCACCCACAUACUUUGGAAAAAAUGUGAGUGUAGAAAAGUUCAAGAUGUACCAUCCAGAUUUCAUACGUUACAUCAGAAACAGGUUCCUCCGAGGCCAUGCCAUGCAGACCAAAUACAAGGACAUCUACCGUCCAUCAACAGGUGCUGUGAUGCUGCUGGCUGCUAUGCACACCUGUGACCAGGUGAGUGCGUACGGCUUCAUGACUCCAGACUAUAAGAACUACUCUGACCACUACUAUGACAGCAGUUAUCACCCUGUGGGUUUCUUCAUCAACCAUGACCUGAAGAUGGAGAUGACAUUGUGGCAGCAGCUCCAUCAGGCAGGCCUCAUCACGCUCUACAUGCACCAGUGACCUCAGGAACUAACUCACUCCAGGUCGCUAUGGCAACGACCACAUUAAUUACAUAAGUCUAUGGUAAUGACUCCGUCUCCACCACUGGCUCCCAUAGUUAGCCAACUCCCAGUAAACCAACUUGCCCGUCGCUGUUGCAACUACGAGAUUUAUAGAGUAAUGACUCCAUGUCUGACUUUGUCACUACCUGCCAUGGUGGAGGUUAGCCAAAACCUCUGAGAAAAUGGUCUCCAUGGUUGGGCUUAGCCAAUCCUCUUGAGAAGACUCUAACAGGGGUGGAGGCAGGUUGGCAGGGAGACAGUCAUAGACUGUUGCUGACACUUGCUGAGUUACCAGCAAUAUUAUUUUCAUUUUGGAUGAAGAUUGUUUUAGACUGCACAGCUGAAGUUUUUAUCAAUGGCAUUUUGGACAUAUUUUACCAAUUAAUGUUUUUUUUAGCCUUUUUAUACUAUUUUAAGACGUUUUGAGUCUUUUAAAACCAUUUCAGACAAUCAGGUUCUGUGGGUCUUAGUCAGACAUAUGUUUCUAGACACUUCUACAUUAAUGUGGAUGCUACCAUGAUUAGGGAUAAUCCUGAAUGAAUCGUAAAUAAUAAUGAGUGAGA